AUGAUGUUCUCUACACUCGCCUCAUUGCUUGGAGGGGGCCUGAUGACCCAGCCACCAGCAACUAACUACUCCAUGGGCGGUGACCCUAGUUCGGACCUCCAGGUUGUAAUCUGGAAUGGGACUACACCAUAUUGGCGCAGAUCUGUGUGGGAUGGUGAAUUGGUCGAUGGCUGGUAUCAAGGUAGCACUGGCUUCAUCAUGACCCUGACAAUUGUCUACCAAGGGCGUGAGUUAUACAUGACAUUCACCGUCUCCGACGACUCGCCAAGCAUGCGAAUGGUGCUGCACUACACGGGCAUGUUUAGGUUUCUGGUGUGGAACAGCAACUCGUCAUCAUGGGAGGUUUUCACAGAGCAGCCAAGUCCUAGCUGUGACCAAUACGCCUACUGCGGACCAUUUGGCUACUGUGAUGCCACUGAAACAGUUCCGAAAUGCAACUGCCUCAGUGGGUUUGAGCCUGACGGUGUUAACUUCUCCAGAGGGUGCCGGAGAAAGGAGGAUCUGAAAUGUGGCGGUGGCGAUAAUUUCUUGACCUUGAGAGGUAUGAAGAUACCCGAUAAGUUCGUAUAUGUCAGGAACAGAGGCAUCGACCAAUGCAGAGCAGAGUGCAGCCGUAAUUGCAAUUGCACUGCGUAUGCUUAUGCUAACCUGCAAAAUGGCAGCACGUCUGAUGACGUGCCAAGGUGCUUGAUUUGGUUGGGGGAGCUUGUCGACACAGGAAAGUUUCGUGAUGGCGAGAACCUGUACCUCCGUCUAGCCAGUUCAACAGUUGAGAAACAGAGUCUAAUCACGACAAACACAACACUUGGAAAAAAUGCAUUUGCCAAAGAGAGCAAUGUAUUGAAGAUUGCACUCCCAGAUGCAGUUCAUGAGUUAUUCGUAAGAAACAAUAUUGAUAAAAAGCUAUUUCUGUCAGGCAAACGACGAAUCAAGAAAGUUAAGAAUAAAUAUGCACGACAACACUCGAAAAAUUCCAAAUCUAUCGAACUUGAGAACGAAACCAUAGAACUUCCAUAUAUUUGCUUUGAAGAUGUUGUUACUGCAACGGACAAUUUCUCAGAUUACAACAUGCUUGGGAAAGGUGGCUUCAGAAAAGUUUACAAGGGACGGUUACAAGGUGGCUAUGAAGUUGCUGUCAAAAGGCUAAGCAAGAGUUCUGGUCAAGGGGCUGACGAGUUCAGAAAUGAAGUGGUUCUGAUUGCCAAAUUGCAGCAUAGAAACUUAGUUAGGCUUCUUGCUUACUGCACUCACGAAGAUGAGAAGUUAUUGAUAUAUGAAUACUUACCUCACAAAAGUUUAGAUGCCUUCCUUUUUGAUGCCACAAGAAAUUUUGUGCUUGAUUGGCCGACCAGGUUUAAGGUAAUUAAAGGGAUAGCGAGAGGGCUUCUUUAUCUCCAUCAAGAUUCAAGGCUAACAAUAAUCCAUCGUGAUCUCAAAGCAAGCAAUGUCUUGUUAGAUGCGGAAAUGAACCCUAAAAUAUCAGAUUUUGGUAUGGCAAGGAUCUUUGGAGGAAAUGAGCAGCAAGUGAACACUAUCCGUGUUGUUGGGACAUACGGUUACAUGUCUCCUGAAUAUGCAAUGGAAGGUUCCUUUUCUGUCAAGUCUGACAUGUAUAGCUUUGGCAUUCCUCUGUUGGAGAUUGUAAGCGGGUUAAAGAUUAGCUCAUCCCAUCUCACAAUGGAUUUUCCAAGCCUUAUAGCUUAUGCAUGGAGCUUAUGGAAAGAUGGAAAUGCAGGAGAAUUGGUGGACUCGUCCAUUACGGAGAUCUGUCCACUUCAUGAAGUUCUGCGGUGUAUUCAGUUAGGUCUCUUGUGUGUUCAAGACGAUCCAAGUGCUCGUCCACUCAUGUCAUCCACCGUGUUCAUGUUAGAAAAUGAAACAGCCCCGCUUCCUACUCCGAAGGAGCCUGUAUAUUUUAGGCAACGGAAGUAUGAAGUUGAAGACCAAAGGCAAGACUAUGACCUGGAAAUGUCUCUUAAUGGCAUGACUAUGACAAUGGAAGAGGGGCGUUAA